CGGAUCCGAAAAGCAAGCAACAAUGGCGGAAUCUGUGAACCUUUUCACGAUCACUUCCUUCAUUCAUUGAGGUUUAAACCCUGUAUUUAAAUACGAAAAAAAGAAGAAGAACGUUACCUUUCCAAGAUAGGUAUUAACAUUAAUCACGAUAUGCGCAAAAUAGUUUUGUAGCCAGCUACACUGCAGGGACGUUGGUUUGACCCAAAAAAAUACUUAACAAACAUGCACACAAGAAGAAUCUCUGCUACAAAUGAAAUCAUCACGGUGUGCUUCUAGAGGGAUCAGACCGUUCAUUACUCAUAUAUUGCCAUACAACGCGGUAUGUAGCUAAUGUAUUAUCUUAGCUAACUUUUUUGUUUGUCAUCCAGGGGCAUUGCAAAACCUUUGCACUUAGCUAUCUAACUAGAUAACUUGUAAUAGUAAUUCGUCCCAGUUCUUCUACAUGUAGCGACUAAUGGAUUAGCGAGGCGAAAGAUGCUGUUGUUCAGGUUACGUUAGCUUGCCAGCUAGUGCGUUAGAUAGCGAGUUAAGUUUUUCUAUAUAGUGUUAUUGUAUAGGCAAAACGUUUUCUACUGUGUGGAAGUGGUUUUCUUUGCACGGAAACACGCAGUUGCCGUUGUAGGCUCAAAUGCUUAUCUAAAGAGAGUAUGUCUGUCAUUCACCGAGAAAAUAUAUAUCGACAGUUGUACCUCAGUCCUCUUGUAAAUAAUUUAGAAAUGGGUGUAAUUACCGAUAUUGUGUAAGUCCUAUACCCCCAAAUACAACUUUUAAAGUUAAAGUUUCCAACAGUAGUGCCGUUGGUUUAGGUUGACUAAAAAGACUGCAGAGCACAGAGCGUGUAUUCAGCGUUUGUGUAGUCAGCAAAGUGUCAGAAAAUGGAUAAACCUACUCGCAGUAACCGUAUCAAAAUAAGUGGAUCAAAAGUUGGGCACAAAUCCAAGAGGUCGAGGAGGAGUUAUGAUGCCAGUUUUAAGAUCAUGGUAAUUAAUGAAGCAGAAGCAUCAAAUAACUUCCGUGCUGGAAAAAAAUAUGGCGUUUCCGCAAAUAACGUGAUACGAUGGCGUGAUCAAAAAGAGCGUCUUUUGAGUGCUAACUCUAAGAGGAAAUCAUUUCGUGGACCAAGGCGCGGUCGGUUUGAGGAGAUAGACAAAAGAGUUGUCAGAUUUGUGGUGCAGAAACAAAAUGAGGGGAUACCAGUUAGCAGGGCAGAAAUUCUUCUGAAGGGCCGUGAAAUUGCGAAGGAGCUCAAUAUACGAGAAUCCCAAUUCGAAGCCAGCCUCGGAUGGUGCAAGAGAAUGAUACGUCGCUACGGAUUAACUUUACGCCGCCGAAAUCGACGCCUUCCCGUAGUUUUAGAAGCUUCACUUCCUGCCACCAGAAGAAGGAAUUCCCUCAGUCUGCUGGACACUACGCUUGCGGCAGAGUCAGAGAGCCAGUGCAUGGUUCUUAGUGUGAAAAUAGAGCGUGACCUGGACCCCACCCAGAACAUGGAAGUAGGGGCCAAUGAUCCAUGUGACAUCAAGUCAGAACCACAAGCAGAUACGGACAUAUUUAAUGGUGCAGUGGUAAAGUCUCUCACCAGCUCCAGCCCAUCCUCACCGGUUUCUGUCCAAAUCAAAAUGGAAGCCAUCGAUUCAGCCUGUCUUACAGAAAAAGAGCACACAGAUAGGCAGUUCUGUUGUAGAAUAGAGCCGCAGGUUCCCAACACUGGAAGCAUGGCCUCUGGACACUGUCUCAGCUCUGACCCAAUCAAAACAGAGGAGUGUGAUCCAGACUUGAGGAACACAGGACAACAGACUGGCUCAUGGCUCUUUUGUGGAACAGAAAGGCAGAGGUCCAGCACUGGAGAUAUGUCUUCCCCAGCCUGCCGUGAAUCACACCAGGUCAAAACGGAGCCUGUGUAUCCACCUUGCACAACUACAGAAGAGCAGAUGAACUUGCAGGGCUGUGAGGGUGCAGAGAUGAGAACGAAUGUCGAAAAGUACCAGUUCACUGGAAGUUUAAUUAGUGAUCAUGUGAAGACAGAUAUUGAUGGUGUUGGAGUUGAGGCUGAAACUGCAAUUCAAACAUUUAAAAGGGAGCCAUGUGAACAUUCUGAGAAUGUGGAAAAAUUUGAGUCACAGAGAGUUGAAUGCAAUGACUGUGGAAGCAUUUUCAAGUGUGUCACAGCUCUUAUCCAACACUAUUCACAAAUACACAAAUCGGAGACCCUGCACAUCUGUAUUCUGUGUGGUAAGAGUUUCACUAAAGCAUCCGGCCUAACUUGGCAUCGGAGAACAAUCCAUCCACCAUACAGAUGUACCGAGUGUGGCAAGAGCUUUGAAAAAAACUCAGCUUUAAUGAAGCACCAUACAAUUCAUAGAAGUAAAGAGUUACAUCAUUGCUCCCAGUGUGGGAAAAGGUACACAUAUGCCUCCUGUCUGCAUCGACACCUGGAAAGCCAUGUAGAGUGAAAAACAUUCAAGUGUAGUGUAUUUGGAAAGGGUUAUAAGGAAAAGUAAACCUUUCUGAGGCAUUGGCAUCAGCAAAGGCAUUGAAAAGCACUUCCAUAGCUGGUCUUGGACAGAAGCUCAUUUAGAGUGGAAAUCACACAGAUGACCCUAUUGCAAGAAGCAGCAUGAAAAUGCAUUCAUGUUAACACUAGUCAUUUCAUUUUUGCAAAAGACUAAACAGUUGUGUACUUACUUUCUGACCUGUCACGUCAUCCAAGCACCACUUUCGGGAUGGACUCUGUUAGAAACAGCCAAGUUCCAAUUGGCCUUCUGAAAGGAUUGUUCAAAUAUAAGCCAAAAGCUGAUGAAAUGUUUGAUAGAAAUAUCGUUGUAUGUACGUACUGUGGCAAAGAAUUUGCCUUUCAUCGAAGUACGAGUUUAAGGUGCCAUCUGUGUGAGACUUCUGGAAACCCUGCUAGCAUUCAUCAAACCACGCUAACUGAGCGGCGGCCAAUGGCAAAGUCCACUGUGGAUAAAUUGACUUGUGCGAUUGCAAAAUGUAUUGCCAUGGAAUGUAGACUCAUUAACAUGGGCGAGGACAAGGGACUGGCAGAAGUUAUCAGAAAUGCAUCCUCUGACCCCCACUACAAACCACCUUCUCAAGGUACCAUUGUAAUGAAAAUUCAUGAACUGUAUGAAAAUGAAAAAACAGAAAAAGAGGAUGUGUCGGCUCAAGCACAGUGUAUUGCUCUGACAGGAGACCACUGGACUUCUGUCAGUAACUCCAAUUAUCUGGGUGUAACAGCACAUGUAAUUGAUAAACAAUGGGAACUUAGGUCUUUUGCAUUAACUGUUAUGAAAACAGAAGAGAGACACUUCGCAGAACCGUGUGCCCAACAGUUCCUGACAGUACCACAGAACUGGGAGAUUCAGGAAGAAAUCACCCUACA